GGUUUUCCUUCUUCUCCACCAGUCGCGCUGUUAUAUCGCAGCUGGGCGCGUCAGUCAAUCUGCAGGAAGCAUGUGCUACUGCGCUACAUGAGCCGUAGCUCGGAGGCACAUGCCAAAGAGCUGUUACGCGCGAAAAGUACAGGGACACCGGAUGUUGUUACCUUUGAGUCCCUUGGAGUGGGGACACCAAUUGCGGCAGCUCUCCGUGCUGCAUUCCCCGAUGUCCAGCAACCGACAACGAUGCAGCGCAAGAUGAUAUCUGCUGUGGUGGGUGGGCAGGACAUCAUCAUGCAGGACUUCACUGGUACUGGAAAGUCAUUUGGAUUACUCCUUGGACUCUUGAGCAAAUCAAGGAUCUCUAGAUACGACCCGGGAAAAGGAAAGGACCAUGCAACAAAGGGUAUCACAACUCUCCUGAUCGUCCCUCACCGCGACCUUGCAUACCAAUUUUUGCACUGGUUACACCACAUGCUGACGUUUGCAGGUGAACCUGCUCCGUAUUCGCUCGCUUCGAUUGCACAGGUGCUAGUCCGCGGCUCACCACCCGAAAACCUCACAAACUCAUCUCCUCGGAUCCUGGAGGCGAUUGUGAACCCAUCGUCAUCUGGAAUAUCCGUGUUGCGCGAACAUCCUCCGCAUAUACUCAUUGCCACACCAACUGCGCUUAUAGACGUGCUUCGCAAGGAGCCCGAGGUACUCCAGUUAUCCACGUUAUCGACUGUCGUCGUCGAUGAGGUGGACUCGCUUCUGCAAGUGGUGCCCCAGAAAGGCUCAAAGUAUGCCAGAGAAAAAGCCGAGCGGUCAAAUGAGAAGCAUCCCCCCGUUCUGAAGACUGUGCUGGAUGUCCUCUAUACGAAUACGAAAACUAAUAGCUCAUCCCAUUUGCGGAAGCGUCUUUUAGAGAUGAAGUUGGCCCCAAUUCAUCGGCCGCAACUGAUCAUGCUCAGUGCAACGAUGAGAAAUAGGUUGAGGACGGCAUUCUUCGGCGCAUACGGAUGGUUUAGAAGGGGCAAAGUGCUAAAGCUUAUCAAAGCUUCGUCCAGCUCGCGCCCUGCUCAUGGUCUUAACCGCACGAUCACACACCAUGUUCUUGUUGUAUCGCAGGAUGGCUCUGUGAAAAAUAUAGCUGGCGCUCGCAAAGCUCGAGUCCUUAUAUCGUCGGACUCGUCUGAGCCUGUGAAUUCUUGUGUGGAGGAAGAGGAAGAAGAGUUUAUUUUUGAUGAGGAUGAUGAAGCACUGCUCGAUGAUGAGACUGACACGGAUUUGCUACAAGCUCCUCCUGUGUUUACUCCAGGGAUGCUUGAAGCCGUCGCAUCCGCAUUCGCUCUCGACGUACCAAACAUUGCGCUUCUUGUCGUACCCGCAACUACAUCCGUCCGGCGGGUUAUUUUUGAGUUAAAUCAACUCGGGGUGAAUGCCCACGGUCUCGAUCUCGUGGACAAUGAAGCCGGCCGCGCACACCUUCUGUCUAAGAACGGCGAUAUCCCCGAUGAGAAUCCCACAUUGCUUGUAUCGACGCUUGCGACCACCCGAGGGAUCGAUUUCCCUGCGCUGACCCACGUUUUCCUCCUUGGACUUCCGGAAGAGCGCGCGGGAGAUGUUUACCAGCAUGUCGCCGGACGAGUUGGUCGAUUCGGCCGCCGAGGCAAGGUAAUCACCGUUCUAGAGGGACGCCGGGAGAAUGAGGGGAAGAAAGGCAAAGUUUCGGUCAGGGAUGAUUCGAAGAAGAUGGAUAUGGUGCUGAAGAAGCUCGGUAUUCCUGCAACAAAGCUGGAGCAUUUCGAGUGAGAUAGGGAGAUAUAUUUUGCAUUUCAGCAUCUGGGAAUGUGAACCGUGCCCGUCGGGGAACUACGGUACAUUAGAUAUCCCUAGGGAAACACGGUUGUGAACCGUGGUAGUCGGAUUGAGGUUUGCCGGAGGAGGGCACACUCAGGCUGUGGAGGAUGGUGAACAUGAGGAUUUGAUGUGGCGCAAGCGUGGAAAUUUGUGACGGGAUUAUUAACGGUCGUUGCUGUCUUGCACGCGGAUCAGACCAAUCAUAGGUCCAAAUAGGAUCAUGGCAUGAUGUAA